AUGACGAGAGAGGAGACUAGAAGCAGAGGAGAUGAUGGAUGCACCACAAAACAACAACCAAAGCCAGAAGAUUUCUUCAAUGUUCAUUACCUCCGAAUUUUCUACGGCAAGUUCGCGAUGAUCUAUUCUUCUUCUUCUUCUUCGCAAAUCAAAUCUCUUGGUUUCGUAGUGUUUUGGCUCUCAAAUGGGAUACAUCCUGGUUGUGAUGAAUACUUCUUUGGUCGAAGAGAAUUCUCUUUUACUCUUGAGCACGAUGUUUAUCUUCCCUACAAGUCCUUCAAGACUGCUUCAGCUUUGGAGGACGCUAUCAAAUUCACUUUUCCUUACAAGAUUGAUAUCGGUGCUGUCUAUACAGAUAAGAGACAUGCCUAUUCACAAACUGGUACCAAUGUGUUUACCCCUGUCGAGAGAGAGUUGGUCUUUGAUAUCCUCUAUUACGCUUUCAGUGACGACGUUAGAUACUGUUGCUCCGGAGCCGAUGUUUGCUCCAAAUGUUGGAAAGUCAUUUAUACUUCCCUGACUGAGGAUUUUGGUUUCAAACACAUUCUCUGGGUCUUCAGUGGACGUCGUGGAGUUCACUGUUGGUUUCUUCUGCGUUAUGAAAUGAAACUCUGUGUGAUAAAAUCCUGUAGGAUGACUAAGGAACAAAGGUCCGCAGUUGCUGAAUACUUCCGUGUUUAUAAGGGUUUCUUUGAGGGUGAGUUACAAGCAAAUCAAAGUAUAUUCUCUAGCAAAGACAAGUAUGAGAAGAUACUUGAGAUGAUUUUAGAUGAAGGUAUGCAAAGUGUCAUGAUGUAUUUUUCAAGCUUACUCGAGGUCCUCCUAAGUCCUAACCUCAUUUUGGUGACUUACAAUGGUCUCACGACAGAUAUUCAAUCAGACCUCAGAGAAAAGUGGGAGAAUUCUGCUAGAUCAUCUCUAUCAGAAGAAGCCAUCAGUCUUGUCAGAUGGGAGCAACUUAAAAACACACUUCAAUCCAUAAGGUGUGUAAUUUUCUUCAAAUGCAAAUUAUGCAUGCUUAGUGUUGUGAAAAAAGCUAAUUUGUCCUUCACUCAGCUUUUAGCUCGAUGA